GGCCCUGUGACCACACUGUGGCCAAGCUCCAGCCAGGAGACAUGGCCACCAUCACCACCAAAGUGCUCCGGCUGAAUGGGGACAAGAUCUUGGAGGACUUCAGCAAGCAGCAGCAACCAAAAUUCAAGUCAGAGAUGCUGCGGCAGAACUACAUAAGACGGGGUGGCAAGGAAGGAUCCGCCCUCUGCAGCCGUGACCACUACUGUCCAGGAACUGCUACGACUGGCUCAGGCGCACCCCACAGGACCCCCCACCCUCGACCCUGUCAAUGACCUGCAACUCAAGGAUGUGUCUGUGGUCGAGGGCGGGGCUUCAGGCCCAGAAGCUGGAGGAGCUGAUCCGGGGGGCUCAGUGUGUGCACAGUCCCCGUUUCCCUGCCCAGUACCUGAAGCUGCGGGAGCGGAUGCAGAUCCAGAAGGAGAUGGAGCGGCUGCGCUUCCUGCUGUCGGACCAGUCGCUGCUGCUGCUCCCGGAGUACCACCAGAGAGUACAGGUGCUCCGAACCCUGGGGUACGUGGACGAGGUGGGCACAGUGAAGCUGGCCGGGCGGGUGGCUUGUGCCAUGAGCAGCCACGAGCUGCUCCUCACCGAGGCCAGUACCGGGAGCUACUCCUUUCAGAGCUCCUGGGCAGGCGGGCACCUGCCUCGGUGCGACUCGGCCUUGCCUACCACGUACAUGACCUCAUUGGGGCCCAGCUGGUGGACUGUGUCUCCACCACUUCUGGAACCCUCCUCCGCCUGCCAGAGACCUGAGGACUCUGUUCAUCAUUGCACACCUCCCCAGGGUGGGGAUUGAGGGGCCCCGGAGGGCUGCCCGCCCUGGCUCAGGCAGGGUCACCUUGGGAAGGCUCGGGAGCCAGGAUGAGUGCUGGGCUUGCUGCUGUGCUGAGGGUCAGAUGUGACUGCCGCUGUUGACCUGGGCUGCGUCCCAGUGGAGGGGUUUGGGCUGUGCUUCUCUGCCCUUUCACGAAAGUGGAGCCAGAAACAUUGCCAAGGUCACAGCUGCUGUUUUUCAUGCAGCAAGGUGCUGCCACUAUUCUGUCUGGGGUAGGAAGGAGGGACCUCAGGAAGCUGUGGAGGUUGGACAGAGUUCUCCAUAUUUUGGUUGAAAUUGACAAAUAAAGUUCUUCUGCCUGU